AUGCCUUGCAAGCUACAACACCACAACCGUCAGAAUACCUCUCAUCUCCAACUCAAAUAUCUACCAAGUCCCGACCCGUCCUCAGCUCCUACGAGCUCGCGUGGGCGCAUUGAUGCAGUUGGCAAAAUGUCUAUUUCUAUCCUCCCCAACGAGGUACUACAGGAAAUACUCAACCUGGCUGUUCUAGCACGUACUACCCGAUCCAGUAUUGACCGCGCUGUUCGACUACGACUUGUCAGUCGAUUAUGGAAUGUCACGACAAUUUACGCGAUAUAUCAGUCAGGAAUCCUUAAAAUUCACGAAACACCGCUAUUGCCUUACAUUUGCCGUCCAUUCUUGCCUCGGUACCUUGUAGACAGCUCAACGCGCAUGAACAAGCCAUUAACCCGGCCAUUUCUCGUUGUUCGCAAAGUUGCUAAACACGUCCUAGCUUUUCGCGGCGAAGACACGAGCGAAGAGAAUCUUAAGGACUUUAUUGGCAAGAUUUCCAAAGUAUGCAUGAAUGGAGACACGGGUUACGAGAUAUACAAAACUUGGAUAAGACUUCCCCGGGGAGGAAUCGAUACACCGACCGAUAUCGCCGAGGACGACGAGGACUUCAUGCAGGCGCUUCUAGCCGCAGCGGCUCUUACCAACGAGGUUCAAUUGGUGAACGAGCUACUUCCGCGCUUCAAAAAUUCAACACACUUGAUUGCACCACGACAUCCAUACUGUGUACGGAUUAUACACCUCGAACGAGAGUACUACGAGGGCAGAGGCAAGGAGGUGUGCUUCUUCAACGCCUUUGCAUUAGCAAGAAGCGUCGAGGCUUUCGAGCGCUUGUAUGAACUUUACCGGGAUUACAUAAACGACGAAAGCUUCUACAGCGACGCGAAAUUACUCAGCGACGAAUUCUAUUUUGAUACGGAUGUGCAGUCUAAUCGCACCAACUCCUUUACUCUGGUCACCGUCCUCCUCAAGUUACUAUGUCGGUAUGCUGCAGCCGGCGAUGUGCCGCUGAUAGAGCAUAUGAUCCAGAUCUGCAAUAAACGCGGCUUGUCGGUUGAGGAUCUGAAUAACACCAGGAAGUAUAAACUUCGGAGUCCUCUCGGUAGAGCAGCAAAAAAUGGUCAUCUCGGUACAGCCGUAUACUUGCUUAAGAAGGGAUUUAAAGCCGAUAGCAACUCGAUUCAGAUGGCUGCUCGGCAUGGACAUAUUCCCAUGUGCGGCUACUGCUGGAGCAUAGUGUUCACCAUACGAUUGAUUGGGGAGAUGCCUUACUGUACGCGGUGA